AUGUCCAUGGACAAUGGCCGAGAAGUCAUAGCCAAGGUUCCCAACCCGAACGCUGGCAUUCCACACUUUACUACUGCCAGUCUGAUUCCGGAGGCCAGGGAUUUUCUGGACACACCAGCGCCGCCGGUGCACGCGUGGAACUCGCGAGCUGAAUCGCAUCCCGUUGGGGCCGAGUUCAUCAUCAUGGAUAAAGUCGAAGGUGUUCCGCUAUCCCUGCAGUACAAGCUCUUCAAUCACAAUCCUGACCCAGCUUUCCUCGACUGGGACGGCCUUGAACCUGAAACGGUGGAUCUCGCACCACGGCCGAAACUCACUGGGCUUUCGCCUGAAGAACGUUCCGCUGCUGUACAUGAGUAUGCUAUUCAAAAUGUCUUCAUUGGAUGGCGAAAACUCAUGCGUGCCAAAAACCCAGACUUGUAUAAAGUAGUCGAAUUCCGAAGGACAGCGGCCUACGGGCUGCUAUUUCUCGCCCACCGAAUGUUCGAAUACGGCGAAGCGCACUUCCAAUCGCUUCUGGUGGAUCUGAAGGAUACGUGGACGGAUCUGCCCGCGGUUACCAGUGACACCCCAUUUCCGUUUGACUUUUCGGAAGCAGAUAUCGAGCGUAUCAAAAUGGAUAGCGACGGCGCGGUAGCUGGAACAGAGCUUGCUGCAGAGAUCAAGGGGAAAAUGGGCGACCUGUGGCCGGACAAGGGCUUCAUCGAGCAUGAGCGUUACGACGAUUGCAAAGCUGCCCUCGACGAAGUCAAAGCCUUGAUAUUAGAGCAGCUAGCCGAGACUAACAAGGAAAGGGCUAAGUACGAGCGGUAUUGGCCAUUCGAAUAG